AGCGCGAGCUUUGUCGACGUCGAGGUAAGCGACAGAGAAACUCUAUCCGGGGACCGCACGGCACGGCAUCUUCUCCUCCUUCAUCGGGAGGACGUCCCUGGGAGUGGGAUAAAGCGGCAACAAGCACCCUGUAGCUUCCAGUGGGUCUGGUGAAUGUUUUAACCCCCUCCUUCCUUGCUUCCUCCUCCUCGGUAAAACUAUCCAGAAAACCCCCCCAUUGCGGAAGAAAAUGAACGAGAGCGAGCGGAGCAGUUUUGAUUUUGAGCGACGUUUCGAUGACAGCAAAGCCCUGGAAUGGAUGCAGGAAAACUGGAGCAAGUCCUUCAUCUUUUGUGGCCUGUAUGCGGCACUCGUGUUCACAGGUCAAUACUUCAUGAAGGAAAGGCCAAAAAUGAACCUGCGCCUACCUUUGAUGUUGUGGUCCUUCAGCCUCGCAAUUUUCAGUAUUAUGGGAGCUUUCAGGACUGGAACACACAUGCUGCACGUUCUCGUAAAUAGCGGCUUCAAAGAGUCUGUGUGUGACACCAGUUUCUACAGGGCACCCAUCAUCAAGUUUUGGGCCUACGCUUUUGCUGUUAGCAAAGGCCCUGAACUGGGAGACACAGUGUUCAUCAUCCUGCGAAAGCAGCGCCUCAUCUUCCUGCACUGGUACCACCACAUCACCGUGCUGCUUUACUCCUGGUUCACCUACAAGGACCAGGUGGCAGGUGGCAGCUGGUUCAUGACUAUGAACUUCAUGGUUCACGCCAUCAUGUACACAUACUAUGCAUUCCGAGCGGCUGGUUGGAAGAUACCUCGGCGAUUCGCUAUGAUCAUCACCGCUACCCAGAUGAUCCAGAUGGUGAUGGGCCUGACCGUGCUGGGCUUUGUGUACCGCUGGAUCCAUGACGUAAACUGUCCCUCCAAUAUGGACAACAUUGUGUGGGGUUCAAUUAUGUACCUCAGUUAUUUUGUGCUGUUUGCUUCUUUCUUUUACAACACCUACUUUAAAGAUGGUUCUAAAUCCAUUGAAUCCAAAGGAUCCAAGGCAGAGUAGCUUACUGGUUGUUAUCUGGCUCUGGAUCUUAAAGCAGGGAUACAUCAGUGAAUGUAGACAGUCAGGCGCAGGAGAUGGAUGCAGAUUAUUAGGAAGGGUUAAAGAAGGAGGCAAAAAGAGCACUGUGAUAAGGGCCAAAUAUUUAUGAAAGGAAAAAAAAACUGUGAGAUAGAGAAUAAGAGCAAUUACUAAUUUUAUACUACUAAAGGGAAUAUUUACCUGUUUUAUUUAUAUAAACUUGUCAGGUAAGAACCUUAGUGUAAUACUUGAUUAAAAAGCUAAUAUCUGCAUCUGUGACAUUAAUUUAUUUUCUUAUUAGUUUAACCAGUGGGUUAUCGGAUAUGUGUUAUCCACUCCAUUCAGUCCUAACUAUUUUACCCGUCCACGAUCCAAAUUUUAUUGCUUAUGUAUAUUGGGAGUACAGUUCAUCAGAUUUGUUUUAGUAAGAAUAUUCUGUUAAACAUAAAUUAUGAGUUUGUUUACGUUCCUGUUGUCAUGACCAAAAGAAGGAAUGGUUUCCCAGUUUAGUGAAGUAAAAUAUUCACACCAACUUAUAUACUUUUCAGAGUGCUUUCCUUCUGUGUUUUCUCCUGUUAUAAACAUUAUUAUUUUAAUAUUCUGGGAACCUUCUCAAUUGACGUUUAAGUCUUUGUACCAUAACGCAGCAAAAAAAAAGAGAAAUGUGUUUUAUUAAAAUGCAAACUUAUUGCACUGACUUUUUUUCUACUGAUAGUUUAGGGAUUGAGAGGUAAACUUUAUUAAUGAAAAAUAGUCUGUCUAUGCUGUUAACAAAUAUGCAACCAGAGCUUUCCCUUCACCCUUCAGUCCAAUUUCCAGUUUUUCCAGGUAUCAUAUUUAAAGCCUGCCAACUGUAGAAAUACUUUCCAUAAAUUCAUUGUUGGCUUUAGUUUGUUGUUCUUUAAAAACAUUGUGAAGAAAUCAAAACUCUUGAAACUCAAGCCUGUAAAAGUUUGGAAAUUUGCGGUCAUACCAAAACAUCAAAACAUAUGAAAACUGAUAAGAGAAAAACUGACUGUAGCAUAAAAGCACAAUUUUUGAGUUCCUUUAAACUCUGUUUUAUCGUGUACAACACCCAUGGGCAUGAUCGAAACCUAAAGAGAUGGAAAGGCACAUAUUCACUGACACUCGGUAGUUAUAAUAAAAAUAAACAACUAGUAUAAAUACUGUAAAGCUGCAGGUGUCCGUCUGUGGCUAGAACUACACAGCAUUUUAUCCUCUUAACCUGAACUGAUGUUUUAAAUUUUUGCCUUUAAAAUUCAGCACCGAAGAACCUCUUAUAUUUAGCCUGCAAGGAAAAACAAGGGAGAGUCAUCAGUAAGCACUGUUUUAAAUAUAUAUUCUGACUGGAAACGUGAGUUUAGUGCACAGUAAAGUUUGCUGCCUUGUUCCUGGUGGAAACUCCAAAAUCAGAGCUUAAACUAUGCAAACAAGACAAACUUGCACUGAUUUUAUUUCAUUAGAAAAUGCAUUGUGUUUUCAAACAUUACUUGUACUUCAAGAAUGCGGUUGUUUGGUUUUGCCUUGAAGUAUUAUCCCUUUAAAAAAAAGAAAUCUCUGUCAAAUGUAUGAAUUGUAAUUGAAAAUAAAAUAAAGGCUUCUGGGUGCAAUUAACCCAUCUUUAUUUUAA